AUGUUGAAGUUCUUCAUGGGCGACUUCGACAUUGGCCCGUUGUCGAAUAUGGUCACCAGCAACAGCAGCGCAACAAGAGCAUCAAGCGCUCCUGCUAAUGGCUUUCAGUUCAUACAGCAAUCUGUCGACACGGUAGCGGGGACUGCGAUCGGACUCUUCAUUGCCUACUCCGCCUACAAGAACCUCUCCGAAGCCUAUCGUAGAGGUGACCCGAACAGAAAGGCGCCUCUCCCGCCGAGCCCGCCGGGCGACUUUCUUCUUGGCCAUUAUCGUCAUGUUCCGGAGAAUGAGUCCUUCCGCAAAUACUUGGAGUGGUCGAAGAAAUACAACUCUGAUGUGCUGUAUUUUGAGACAUUCGGCACCAAAUGGGUUGUCCUCAACUCCUAUGAAGCUGCCCACGAGCUGCUCGAGAAGCGUGGAAGAAAGUACUCGGAUCGUCCUCGCUUCGUGAUGUUUGAGGAAAUGGGGUGGGCACCCACCCUCACCUGGCUCCGUUGGGGACCCCAAUGGGGUCUCCAUCGGAAAGUUCUGGCGCCUCCUUUUGCCAAGACUGGCUGUGUCUCUUUCCAACCCCUUCAGAGGAAGCAGGCAAUGAUCAUGUGCAAGAAUCUGAUCGAGAACCCCGAGGAGUGGAUGUCCGCUGUCACUCAUUUCGCCGUCGCCAUUAUGUUUAAGAUUGGUUACGGGAUCGAUGUUGACACUCCCACGGAUGAAUGGGUCAAGUUAGCCGCAGAGGCUUCCGAAGCAGUUGGCAAGGCAGGGGCUCCAGCCAGCUCGAUCAUGGAUCGCAUUCCAUGGACCCGCCAUCUUCCUGACUGGUUGCCGUUCAUGGAGCGUCUCAAGUAUGCUCAUGAGAACAAGAAGGUCAUUCAGAACAUCACCGAACGUCCUUUCAACGCAUCGAUGUCGGACUACCACGAGCGAGAUCUCGACCCUACUCGCAAGCUUAAGGAAUGCUUUGUACACAGAAUGUACCAUCUUCGGGGGGAGGAUGCUCGUAGGAACAGGCAGAACGUCUACUAUGAGGAGGAUAUCAAGGGAGGAGCCGCGACCAUGCUCAUCGCCGGCAAUGAUACCACUGCCUCAACUCUCAAUCUCAUUAUCCUAUACUUGACGAAGCACCCACGCGUCCAACGCCGCGCUCAGGCGGAGGUCGACUACAUUCUACUCACGACCGGCGUUCCCACCGAGCCCGUGGAAGACUACCGCCCCUCCACUCCCGCACCCUGGGCCUCGUCCUCCAGCAACCGUGCCGGCAUCAUCCGUCUGCCGACCUUGGAAGACAUUCCCAAGUUCAAGUACGUCAACCUCAUCCUUCAGGAGGUCUACCGAAUCAACCCCCUUUCCCCACUUGGCAUCCCUCAUGCCAGCGUCAAAGAUUCGAGCGACAUUGACCCCGACGGCGACGAUACCUACAACGGAAUGCGCAUUCCUUGCGGAACCAUUGUCUACCCCAACGUCUGGGCCAUGAACAGAGACGAAAAGCGCUAUCGCGAGCCGGAGCGCUUCUUCCCCGAGCGCUACUUGCCCAAGGAGGAGGGCGGCUGGGGCGAGCCACUCCCUGUUGGCAACUUUGGUUUCGGACGCCGUGUUUGCGUGGGCCAGUAUCUGGCUGAGAACAGCCUGUUGAUUGCCAUAGCAAUGAUGUUGGCAACUAUCGAAUUCGAUCUGCCCAUUGGACCGGAUGGUAACCUGAAGGACUUUGAACCGCAAUUUUCGCAUAAGGGACAGUCGAUCGUCCUUCCCUUCAAAGUUUCUAUCAAGCCUCGCUCCCCGAUGGUAGAGGAACUGCUCGACCGCCACAUUCUGGUUGCCAAGAUGGCUGAGAAGGCUGCGGAGGAUGGCAAGAAGGGUGGUCCUACUCCUAGCGCUUGA